AUGUCUAUCGAUGACUACCAGGCCAGAUAUCAACCAUACAGUGGGAGCACUGACAAGAUUCUGCUCCAAAGCCAGCCCUUAGUCACCGGCGUCUUCCGCCCGGAGCUCAUCGUCAUCGACGAUGCGGCGCACGCGUCCGAGGCGGACCUGUGGCCGGUCUUCGCCAACUAUGAUGCUCGUGGGUACCUGAUGAUCGGGGACCCGUUCCAGCUGCAUCCGGUGGUCGAGUCAACGCCCCAGAACAACCCUCUUUACGCCGUGUCCGCUACCUCUCCCUUCCGGCGUCUGCACAUGAACGAAUGCUGCUCUGCAUGCUGGACGAGCAGUACCGCAUGGCCAGCAUGCUGGGUGAUCUGGUGA